AACGUCAGUCUCCUUUCUCAUCGGCCAAUCAUGAUUCUGGAUAUUACUCUACUUCACUCGCUCGGCUUCCUCUUGCUCAGGUAAACGGGAUAAUUCAACUAAGCCCCGGGCCCAGUACUCCCUGCAGCGUUCGUCAUCAUGGAGGUGAAUGCCACAGCCGACAUUUUGGGCUCUGCCUACCUCGCGGUGGAGUUUGUGGAUGCAGCAUUACCAGACAACCCUCUACAGCCCUCUUUCAAGUAUGCUUGGACCUAUAUGAUGGACAACUACACUAAGUUCCAGAUUGCCACCUGGGGGUCGCUCAUCGUCCACGAGUUCAUCUACUUCUUUUUCUGCCUGCCUGGUUUCCUGUUCCAGUUCUUGCCCUUCAUGCAGAAGUAUAAGAUCCAACCGGAUAAACCCGAGACCUGGGAAAAGCAGUGGAAGUGUUUUAAGAUGUUGCUGUUUAACCACUUUUGUAUCCAGCUGCCCAUGAUCUGUGGAACGUAUCAUUUCACUGAAUACUUUGGCAUCCCCUAUGACUGGGACUCCAUGCCACGCUGGUCCUACAUGGUGGCUCAGUGUUUUGGAUGUGCAGUGGUUGAGGACGCUUGGCAUUACUUCCUCCACCGCCUCCUCCACCACCGUCGGAUCUACAAAUACAUCCACAAGGUCCACCACGAGUUCACGGCUCCGUUUGGCAUGCAGGCAGAGUACGCCCAUCCUCUGGAGACUGUCAUUCUGGGCUCAGGCUUCUUCAUCGGAAUCAUGAUCUUCUGUAACCACGUGCUCCUGCUAUGGGCCUGGGUCGCAGUCCGGCUUCUGGAAACCAUCGACGUGCACAGCGGGUAUGACAUCCCUCUGAACCCCCUCCACCUCAUUCCAUUUUAUGCUGGCACUCGUUUCCAUGACUUCCACCACAUGAACUUUGUGGGGAACUACGCCUCCACCUUCACCUGGUGGGACAAGCUGUUCAGUACUGACAACCAGUACAACAAACACCUGCAGAAACACGAGGGCAAGAAGAUGCAGUGAGACACACACACCUACCCACUGUACCUACCUACAUACACACACACACACACACCUACCCACUGUACCUACCUACAUACACACACACACACACAGACCUACCCACUGUACCUACCUACAUACAUACACACACACCUACCCACUGUAAAUACAUACAGACACACACACCCACCUACUGUACAUACAUACAGACACACACACCUACCUACUGUACCUACCUACAUACACACACACACACCUACCUACUGUACAUACAUACAGACACACACGUGGGAGACAAACAAACAUACAGUGACUAUAGUAGGUGCUUCGGUUUUUAAGGGUUCUUCUCUAAAUCAGUCUCAGUGCUUCUGAAGCACAAAGAUUAUCCUUGAAUCAGAGGCACAUACGUGCACACACACACACACACACACACACACUUUUACACAGCAAACACAAAAAGAGUUUCCUAUUGGGAAACCCGGACUGAGCAGUGGAUUGUAUUACCAGUGGGGGUCAGGGUCAGAGAGGACGUGUCUCUGAACUGACCUGUGUGCCUUUCCUGAAGAGACAAGUAUAUUUUGGGGGGUUACUGUAGCUGAAUAAAUGAGAACAGUAACAUUGUU